CCAGCAGGCAGCGGGGCCGCAGACGGCAGCUGCGGAGAUCAAGCAGAAGAGCUCUGCGCGCGCGGCGUGGAUGGAACGUUGCUAGAGUUGGCGGGUCUCGCUGCUGGGUGCCGGAGCCGCAAGCCUUGGACCGCCGCGCGCCAAAGCGGGAAUCCGGGAGGCGGGCAACUCUGCAAUUAAUGCACGCAUUUAAAACUCCAGAGCCUGUGGACGCCAUGCACAGGAAACACCUCCAGGAGAUUCCCGACCAGAGUAGCAACGUUACCACCAGCUUUACUUGGGGAUGGGAUUCUAGCAAGACUUCUGAACUGCUGUCGGGCAUGGGGGUCUCCACUCUGGAGAAAGAGGAAGUGGACAGUGAGAACAUACCCCAGGAACUGCUCUCAAACCUGAGCCACCCGCAGAGCCCCCCACGCAAACGGCUUAAGAGCAAAGGGAAUGACAAGGACUUUGUGAUUGCCCGCAGACCCAAGCUAAAUCGAGAGAACUUUCCAGGUGUUUCAUGGGACUCCCUUCCAGACGAGCUGCUCUUAGGGGUCUUUUCCUGUCUGUGCCUCCCUGAGCUCCUCAAGGUCUCCAGCGUCUGUAAGAGGUGGUAUCACCUGGCGUUCGACGAGUCUCUAUGGCAGACCUUAGACCUCACAGGUAAAAACCUGCACCCAGACGUGAUUGGGCGGUUGCUGUCUCGAGGGGUGAUUGCCUUCUGCUGCCCACGAUCAUUUGUGGACCAACCAUUAGUUGAACAUUUCAGUCCUUUUCGUGUACAGCACAUGGACCUGUCGAACUCAGUCAUCGAUAUGUCUACCCUCCAUGGCAUUCUGUCUCUGUGCUCCAAGUUGCAGAAUCUAAGCCUGGAAGGUCUCCAGCUUUCGGACCCCAUUGUCAAUGAUCUUGCACAGAACUCAAAUUUAGUGCGACUAAACCUUUCUGGGUGCUCUGGAUUCUCUGAAUCUGCCCUGAAGACUUUGCUGAGCAGCUGUUCCAGACUGGAUGAGCUGAACCUCUCCUGGUGCUUUGACUUCACUGAAAAGCAUGUGCAGGUGGCUGUCGCGCAUGUGUCGGAGACUAUCACCCAGCUGAAUCUUAGUGGCUACCGGAAGAAUCUCCAGAGAUCAGAUGUCUCUACCCUAGUUGGAAGAUGCCCCAAUCUUGUCCAUCUAGACUUAAGUGAUAGCAUCAUGCUAAAGCAUGACUGCUUUCCAGAAUUUUACCAGCUCAGCUACCUCCAACACCUAUCACUCAGUCGAUGCUAUGAUAUCAUACCUGAAACCUUACUUGAACUUGGCGAAAUUCCCACACUAAAAACACUACAAGUGUUUGGAAUCGUGCCAGACAGUACCCUUCAGCUGUUAAAGGAAGCCCUCCCUCAUCUUCAGAUUAAUUGCUCCCAUUUUACCGCCAUUGCCAGGCCUACCAUUGGCCUCAAAAGCAACCCGGAGAUAUGGGGCAUCAAAUGCCGACUGACACUGCAAAAGCCCAGUUGUCUGUGAAGUAUUUAUUGUGGGAUGGUGUCUUCUUUUUUUCUUUGGAACAGGGCAAACAGGCAGGAAGCCCAAUUGCUGGAGCACUCAGCUAUUUUUAUUCUUGGUUUUCCCUUCGCCUUCAUUCUGCAAGUAUAUUAGAGAACUAUUUAAGAGAGAAAACUAUGAAGUGUUGCUUUUUUAAAUGACUAAAAGCUUCCGUCACUGCUAUGCCCUUAAGAGCCUAAAUUGUAAGCCUUAUGAAAUUUCAAGAGAGUGAGCUUGUAAUUUCAAGAUACCUUAAGGAGCAAAAUUGGAGCCAUCUCUUCCUCGUGCCCUUCUUAUUAAAUCUGUUUAGAAU